AAUUUCACAUCUUAAUUUCACUUUAUUGCUUGCCAGUUUAGAGCAUAGCACAUAGCAAGGCUAGGAAUCAUCGUUUAAUGAAUAUGUAUAUAUAAACUCUCUGUCCAAUACUCUCACACACACACAGAGUGAGAGAGAAACUUGAAUUAAUAUUUUUCACAAACACAUAGCAGAGAGCUGCAGAGAGCAGAGAGAGAUCAAUCAAAAAGAUUCAAAGCAUGGCGGAUUGGGGCCCAGUGGUUAUAGCAGUGGUGCUAUUCGUGCUUCUAAGUCCAGGGCUGCUAUUCCAGCUCCCUGGAAAAGACAGGAUUGUGGGGUUUGGAAACAUGCAGACCAGUGGGAUUUCCAUCCUUGUGCAUACCAUCAUCUUCUUUGGUCUCAUCACCAUCUUCCUCAUCGCCAUCGGUGUUCAUAUCUACACUGGAUGACCUUUUAUUCACCCUCCCAUUUUCCUUUUUCUUUUUUCCUUUUUGUUCUCUCUUCAAUUAAUGGAAAUUAUGCUUUCUUGUUGUGUUUGUCACAGAUCGCUUAAUGUUUGUCGUUUUGAAAAGUUAUAGGUUUGUUUAGUUUUAUCUUUGUUUGGGUUGUUCUGGAGGAUUGUACUCUCUCUUUCAUUUUCAGUUUGGAUUAUUGCCUCUCAAUGGUUAAAAUAUAUACUGUCUUAUUUUUUAAA